AUGCGAAUCCCUCUCGGUCUGCUGGCUCUGGCCAGUUUACUGCUCAGCUGCUGCUACCCUGUUCUCGCACUGGACCUCAAGGGCCGAAUACGCUGGAAUGAGGUGUGUCCGGGAAUUGGCGAUCUGGGGCAGGCCAAGGUCGUCCUUGACAACGGCAAGCUUCGCGGAGGCGUGACGAGAGAUGGGAGCUUUGUGAUCCCUGAUGUCCCUGCAGGGACCUAUGUCCUUUCAGUUGCUGCGCACGAUCAUGUUUUUGAUCAGCUACGAGUCGAUGUUUUCGAGACCGAGACAUUGCCAGAAGUCCGGCCGUACAUUCCAGGGACGCCUCUCUCCCCGGCCGCUGUGGUUACUCUACCAUACCCCAUCGUACUCGCGCCGCGACAAAGGAACGAUUACUUCGUUCCUCGCCAAUCAUUCAAUCUCCUAGCCAUGUUUCAGAACCCCAUGAUGCUGCUCAUGCUUGGCAUGGGCGGACUGGUUGUCGCAAUGCCAUACCUUAUGAAAAACAUGGACCCAGCCAUGCUACAGGACUUUCAGAAGCGACAAGCACGCAUCGGGUCUCUCCAGAGCUCCCUUCAAAGCGGUGAUCUUAGUGGAGGACUGUCCGCGCUCAUGGACACUGGUGAGGAGGAAAAGCCAGCGCCCAAGCAGACGACGCCGGCGGGCAUAAAGCAUCGAAGCGGGAAGGGCAAGAAGCGCUAA